AUGAGUCAAGUUUGGUCGAAAAUCCGCUACGGUGUUCGCUGGAAUCCAGCCGAGCGGCUGGCGCUCGCAACGAGAGCGUUGAAUUUGCAGAAGGUAAAAUCGAUCGACAUCUCGAUGGACCCACUUCAUCACGAUAAUCUCUCGAUUCGCACGUUUUGGCACUCGAUAAUGGCGCCAAAAGUGCGUCUGACGAACCCAAAUGUUCGUGUCAAGACCGAAAUUCGCAACGAUCGACGCGGCCCAUUCUUUGUGACCACUUUAGACGACGGCUCAAAACUGCACAUCUCCACUGAAAACAUGACUGCGAUGGAUGUGAUCAUGAACUUCAAUCGGCUAACCGGACAGCCAGAACUCGGAAAAGCCGGAACUCGUCCGAGAGCGAAAAUUUAA